AACUGCGCAAGGUACGAUCCCGACGCCUGGGACGACGCCGCGAGGCUGCCGCUCGGCGUGGCUUCGUUUGGGUCGUGCGUCUCUUGCCUCGGCGUCGUCGUUCCCUGCAUGGCGCAAAUGUGGUGGAUCGCCGAGACGGCCGGGAAUAUUGGGUGUAAGCUGACGUUUGUGGUGUCUAGGUUGCUGAAUUUGACGAUUAGAUCGUUGGAAAGGAGGGUAUCAGGGUGA